AUGCCUCGCUCUUGUUGCUAUGAUUACAGCAGUGUCACCAUCUCCCAUCUCCAUCUCCAAAGCAAGCGCGAAAAUAACUCGAGAGGAAAAGCGCAAAAAGGAAGAAAGAAAGAAGAAGAAAAGAAGAAGAAGAAGAAGAAGAAGAAGAAGAAGAAGAAGAAGAAGGAGAAGAAGAAGAAGAAGAAGAAGGAGAAGAAGAAGAAGAAGAAGAAGAAGAAGAAGAAGAAGCACAUCCCAUCAACAAUGUACAAAAUCUCAAACAUCAGCCCAGCCCGUACGGCCUCGGAAACACAAACACGCUUCUAG